GCAAUGCUAGUAGUGUUCGUUAAUUGUUUAACUAGACCUAAGGAGAACGGUUUUUUUGGCCCUGAGUAAGCAAACGAAACAGCGAGGCGAGAGAGACAUACACACCCACGCAGGGAAGACUCUUGAACAUCAAUUGAAAACUUACACCGUGAAGGAGUUAUUAAGCUUGGAAACAAAGAGGUCACAGUUCCAACGGAGCCAUGUUAGCUGUCAAAGAGGAGCGGACAGUCAUAGGAGGCGUUGAAUUGGCGAGGAAAACAGUAGUAGCUGCUACAGAGGAAGGCGUUGUAACCAGGGAAUACGUAGAAGCUAGAAACAUCAGUUUGCCUGGAAGUGUACCUGCCAUUGUGCAGCCGAGUGCGUACCCCGCCUUACCUCCGCCCCCACCACCCCCUCCCCCACCACCAAAAGAGUUCAGUUGGGUGGAUUGUUGCUUCAAGUGUGAUAGUGGAUAUGAGUGGUACGAACCAGGUGGAAAGGGCUUCUGCAUUGUGUUGUUACUUCUCGUGGCUUAUUUGAUCGGUGGAGCUAUCCUACUAGCCUACCUCAUGUUACUUUGUCUUUUUGCCUUCUGCGGCGAGGAUUAGUGACGACAUUAGAUGUAGUGGUGAAAUACUUGCUUUUACUCUAUUUUACGUAGCACUUUAUAUUUAACAAGUAAAAUACUAUUAGUAAUACUUUUUUGUAAAAUUGUGUUGUAGAAAUCGUUGUGUCGGUGGUAAAUUUUUACUUAAUAGUAGCUUUUUAUCUGAGCGUUUACUCAAGCUGUAGUUAAACUGGUGGCUUUCAAGUCUUACACUAUCAGAUGAUUUAAUAAAGGAAAUAGUAAAAAAGUCGAAAGACGUAAUCCGCCAACACUGAGUCUAUAAGAUUUGAGUUUGAGAUGUAAACCUGCAGUACUAAUCAACACGGGGAGGGGGGAAGGGGUAAUCGGAUAGGGAGAUGGUGAGGGGAGAAGACUUCUAGAAUUUCGACUUUUAACCUUUUACUCUCUAAUAUCAGGAUACAUAUUCUCCAUACUGCUCUCUGUACACUUCCCAUGGUACUGACAAGAAGAAUUUGCUUUUCUAUCAGGAGCUUCUUCAGUUGGUCAUCAUCUCCAUUCUUAUGAUUUUGACUGAAGGACCAGUUAUUAUUUAUAGCCUCAG